AUGGCGCCUCCCACGGUUGAAGAUAGCCUCCGAAUAUGCACAGUCUGUGCGUCAAACAACAACAGGUCCAUGGAGUCGCACAAACAACUAAUGAAUGCCGGCUACGACGUGCAUUCCUUCGGGACUGGUUCGGCAGUGAGGUUGCCCGGACCGUCGAUCGACAAGCCCAACGUCUACGAGUUUGGCACGCCCUACGACAGGAUAUACAAGGACUUGGUGGCGCAAAACAUGCAUAGCAUCUACGAGCAGAACGGCGUGUUGCCCAUGUUGGACCGGAACCGGCAGAUCAAGACCGCCCCUGAGAAGUGGCACACCAAUGCCUACGCGGGCAAGUUCGACUUGGUGAUCACUUGCGAAGAGAGAUGCUUUGAUAGCGUGAUGGAGGACUUGAUGUUCAGGAUGUACAGCAAGGACGACAAGAUGGAUUUGAAGAGGAUUGUCCAUGUCAUCAACGUCGAAAUUCGCGAUGACCAUGAGAAUGCUAUUAUUGGCGGCAAGGGGAUCCUCAAUUUGGUCAAUAUGAUCCACGACUAUAGACGAAAACAGUUUGAGGCCAAGAAAGGGGAUGUUGAGGAUGAGCUGACGCUAUUGCUUGAAGACAAUAUCAUGAGUGUGCUCACUGAGUGGCAAAAAGAUCACACACAUUUGCAGACUCUAUACGGCGUCUCAUACUAUUGA